AUGAGGAAUGUUGCCCUGACCAGCAUAGGCUCGACUGCUGUUGCCGUUAUGGCAGACAGUCGAAGAGUGAUCCCACUCACGAGGUGGGAGAAUGACCAAAUGGGCAUAAUCCGCUCGACGGGAGGUCACCGCGGCCAACAUGGGCCCGGUACGGAAGUUGCCAACGUGCAAAGCAGGCCGGGUGCCCACAUUAAGUGGUCUGCUGUACCAUGGGGUCAAUCAGUGAAAGGGCCAUUCCAUGUUGAAUUGGCGCAUGGGACUAUCCAGACGCCAAAAGCAGGCCAACUUUAA